AUGUCAAUAAAUCAUCAGAGCGACGAGCCUCAUGUGGCGGACUUCGCCAGCAAAAGCGAGGCUGUCAUUAUCGGAGAAGAGAAAGGUGAUGGUUCUGAAAAUUCACACUGUCGCAAGAAGUGGCAGAGUAAUGUGACCAUCGUCAGCUGUUAUAUUGCAAACUUCAGUGACGGGUUUCAGAACAGCCUGGCAAAUCCAACCAAUGUUAUUUUCAAGAAAUUACUCGGGUCGGCUGGCUAUUCUGCCAACAUGAAGACGCGAAUCAGUAACUCUUUGAUUAUCGGAGCGAUUUUGGGCGUCGUUGUUUUAGGUUAUACUUCCGACAUGUUCUCUCGACGGUCUGGACUACUCUUUACCUCCUCGCUGGUGGUAAUUGGUACAUUGAUGUCUACCGUUGCUCUCAGCGUGCAUCCAUCACACAAUAUGCUCUGGUAUUUCGUCAUAGCGCGCGGCAUUGCAGGCUUUGGUGUUGGGGGUGAAUAUCCUCCAAGCGCAGCUGCAGGCAUUGAGGAAUCAGACACUGUCAUGAGAAAAUACAGAGGGCCACUUUUUGUCUCCUUCACCACGCUGAUGGCCACGCUUGCUGGUCCGAUUCUGCAAAUUAUUUAUCUUAUUUGCUUGGUCGCGAGUGAUAACAACCUUACGGUCACCUUUCAUGCGAUAUAUUCGAUUGCUACUAUUAUCCCUCUGAUAAUCAUUGUUCUACGCAUGUUUAUGACUGACUCCGUCUUAUUCCAUGAUUCUAACCUUACAAAACAACGCCGAUCGCCAAAGCUAUACCUCCUUCUCGCUCGUCGAUACUGGUGGCGCAUUCUGACAACAUCUCUCGCAUUCUUCCUUUACGACUUCAUCAACUUUCCAAACAGUAUCAUGUCAAGCACAAUUAUUGCAUCACUCGUGAAAGAUAGCGAUAUCCGAAAAACCGCAAUCUGGCAAGUCAUCUUAGCGGUUCUUCCCGUACCAGGCGUCAUGAUUGGUGCCUGGCUCACGAAUGCAAUUGGCCGUCGGAACACUGGAAUCCUAGGUUUUGCGGGCUACAUGGUCCUCGGUUUUAUUAUCGGAGGCACAUAUGACAAGCUUUCGAAGAACGUUGCUGCAUUUGUUGUCUUAUAUGGUCUUUUACAGGCAUUUGGACAUAUGGGGCCAGGCGCAACAAUUGGACUUAUCUCCUCUGAAGCCUUCCCUACAGCCAUGCGAGGAAUGGGCUAUGGAAUUGCGACUGCCUUUGGAAGAACUGGUGCCGCCGUUGGCACUGAGUGUUUUACCCCGUUGCAGACUGCUGCUGGAAACAGUUCGACAUUCUACUUAGCGGGCGGCGUGGCCAUUCUUGGUAUUGCUGUCUAUUGUCUCCUACCAGAGAGCAGUAACCUCGAUCUUGAAAAGGAGGAUAGAUCUUUGGAACAAUAUCUGGCCGAGAACGGAUAUUCUAUCGGGCAAAAUGAGAAAAGUUGA